AUGAACACACCCAACACACCCAAACCCGAAGUAGGGUUUAAACCCAUAGAUAUAGUACGAGCCAUAAGUGACUAUUAUAUCCACGACGAAAUCAAAGACCACAACAAGCUCACUUUUUUCAAAGGAGAUAUAAUAUACAUUGUCACCAAAUUAGACUCCGGAUGGUGGGACGGUGUCCUGGUUGAGGAUAACCUAGUCUACACUUCCAGAGGAUCCAAGACUGGCUCUGUGGUCAGGGGAUGGUUACCUUCAAGUUAUGUGAGGUCGCUGAUUCUCACCACAGAUACAGCAAACAAACCGGGUUCAAUAUACUCUGGUACUGAAGUUGUGCCUGAAAUUAUCACACCAGACAUAUCAGUCUUGAAUAACACGGAAAAACUACGAAACUCUAUUACAUCAAUGAUUAAUGAAGCACCUAAGGCGGCAAAAUUGAAACCAGACCCUGAAUGCUAUGAUGAUGCAACUUCAUAUUAUAUCCCAGCAGACCGCAACCUGUUCUACCUAAACGACAGUGAUAUUGUGACUUGGAAUCAAUUAUUUGUGGUGUUGAAUCAUUAUCUUGACAAGACGAAAGAAUGCUUUACCAAGAGCUAUGAUGAAGUAAGUCAUAUAAGCGAAAAGAGGAAAAGCUAUAGGCCGGAGUUCAGGUAUAAUUAUACCCUUCUGGGGGCAUAUGUUACGUAUCUAAUACAAGCCUGUGAAAUACUAAAAGAAUCGACCCCCCCUGAGACUAUUGACCCGGUAAAGAAACACAAGGUGAUAAAGUUGUUAAGUGAAGAUCUCAUACAUUGUCUAGGUGUCAUUUCUGAGUCGGCACAUGUUUGGUAUAACCAUUCAUAUUAUACAAGUUAUUCACGUUCCAGUCAUCAGCAAGGAAAUUAUAGUACCAAUGAUACAGAUAUAGAUAAAACACUCAUUAUUUCAAGAUGUUACGAUGUUGCCCUCGAGAGCUUUGAUAAGAUUCAUGAUCAAUUUAAUAUUCUGUUUGAUAUGCUAAAUGAGUUCUCUGUGAGGCAUAAAUCAUUCAUCAUUCCUCAGCUUUUCCCGAGAUUCAUGAGAUUGUCAUUUAACGGAGGAUCGUGGUCCAACCCAUUCCUUUUGCCUCCAAAUAAACUUGCCAGUCAAAAUCCGAUAUCUAGCUACUAUCCACCUGCUAUCGAGAAUGUACUGGGGCGCACUUCUGGUUAUCACAGAAAUAAAAGGAGAAAUUCUGUACUGUCGUCUCCUUUCAGUGGAACUAACUCUCUAGGUAGUUCACGCAACAGCUCGUCAGGAAAUUUAUCUGCUGCUGGGCAGCAAAGAUCUAGCGCUGGAUCAUUCUCGACAACAUCAAAGCACACAGAUAAACCCUCUCGUAAAAGCACUGGUCUAUUUGCUCAAUAUCUUCAUGCAAACAAGAAUUAUCCUGUUGUUAAUCCUUCCAAUAUUAAUGCUUGCAAAGAUAAGUUCAAGAAUUAUGAUAAUAAGAUUGGAAAGUUUCCUUUGAGUAGAGACACGCUGGAACUCUUGGAAAAGAGGAAGGGUCAGAUACAUGUAAGUUUCAGCGAGUUUAAUGAAUUGGAUAAAAACGAAGAAGAAGAUAUUCCCGUAAAACCAAGUAGUAUUGAGACUAUGACAUCCACAGCCCCAUCGAGAUCGAAGGUCAUACAAAGCUUAGAGGCCAAUUUCCGGACUUACAAAGAGAUAAAUACAACCGUUCUGAUUAUUAAUAUAUUGGAAAAUUUGGAUCUAACGAUGUUUACAAAAAUGAGACAUAUAGUAGUGAAUGGUGGUAUUUAUGGUUGGGAGUUUGAGAAAUAUCAGGACUUGAUGAGACAUACUCUUGUCUCUGUUGCUUAUUCUGUUGAGGAAUUUUACAAAAUAAAACAAACCUUUCAUGACAUUGCAAUGAGACUAAUUAUGUGCUCUCAACACACAACUCUAGAAGAUCCAUAUGUAUUUUCGACAAUGAAAUCAAAUUACCCUGUGGGUGCCUUGGAUCCAAUUUCAAUUGAUACUUUGACAAUAUGCUCGAAAGCAGAUAUAAGCGCCUAUGGCUCUUAUUUGUUAAAGAAAGAGGACAUUAUCAGAAAAAGUCUAUACGAAAGACUUUUGAGGGAAGAUGCCGAAUUUAAUUAUGACACUUACUAUUCAGUAUGUGCAGAUUUUAGAGAUGCUAGACAAAAGUAUGUUGAAAUGGCAGACGCAGCUUGUGCCGUUGUUUCAAAACUAGUUGAGGAAAGGGACAAAAUCCUUAAUUAUGCCGCAAGGACGAUGCAAAGUGAGCUUGUUGCAAAAUUACUAGAAGAUGAGGAAAUAAAUGAAUAUAUUGAAGAGGAGGAUAGCUAUUAUAAAAAUGAGUCCAAUGUAGUCGUAUGUCCCGAUGAUAAAAUUGAGUUUGUGCCAUGGUACCUUCAGCCAAACUAUACCGCCGAAGUUAUUUUUGAUUCAAAAGGAAGAAUGAAAGGAGCUAAUAAGAGAGAUUUGUUUGAAUAUUUGUUUCAAUCCUCAUCUCUCGAUAUGCCUUUUGCGAUAACUAUGUUGAUAACUUUUAGGACAAUAUUUACUUCUACUGAAUUUAUUGUUAAUAUAAUUGAGAGAUUUGAAGAAGCACCACCAGAAAAUCUGAGUUAUGAAGAGUAUAACGACUGGAUUGAAAAAAAAUACUUACCAAACAAAGAACGGGUAAUUUAUCUAUUAUGGAAACUGUUCACAUUUUUUUGGAAUGAACGGUAUAUGGAUUUUCCUGUAGCACUAUUGGAGAACUGUAUUAAAACUGCACAGCGUGAAAAUAUCGCCUAUGCUAAUGAACUUUACACAUCUUUGAAUGAAAUCAAAGCUAACAAUCAGACUUCUGAAUAUAGCUACUGGUCAUUGUUAGAGCCUAGUACCGAAAUCCUUGAAUAUAAUAAUGAUUUGAAGCGGAUAGGAUUCUCAAACCUUGUGCAUGAUGCAAAGUUUACAGCUAAUGUCUAUGAGUCAAUAUUAGAUAUACCAGCUGAAAACGUUGCUCAGCAACUAGCUUUGAUUGAAGAAAAUCUUUACGAAAAAAUUACAAUAUUUGAUUGUCUUGACCGCGUGUGGGGAUGUAAGCAAUGUGAUUUCGGAGGUUCUAAGAAUAUUAGUGAGUUUAUUUCAUUUGCGAAUAGCAUCACUAAAUAUGUGUCUUAUAAAAUUUUACAAUAUGAUACAGCAGCCAAAAGAGGACAGGCCAUCGGUUAUUUCAUUAAGGUCGCUCGUAUUAGCUAUGAAAUUAAUAAUUUCUCUAGUAUGACUGCUAUCAUCUCAGGUAUUUAUGCAUCGCCAGUAAAUCGUUUACAUGAAAGCUGGAAGUUGGUAUCUCGAGAAUUACAGAACACCUUGCGUGAGCUUGAUGACUUGAUGAUAUCUACGAAAAAUUUUUUGAAGUACAGAUUGACGCUUAAGAAUGUUGGUAACAGACCAUGUAUUCCAUUUUUUGGAGUAUAUCUUUCAGACUUAUUAUUCACACACAAUGGGAAUCCAGAUUAUGUUGAUAAAAGCAGGGGAACAGUAAAUUUUACAAAAAGAUUUCGGAUUUUUGAUAUUAUUCAGGAAAUUUUUCACUAUAAGAAGGUGAAAUAUGAAUACAAAGCAGACUUAGAUAUAAUACACCAUAUCAUGAAUGUAGCUGAAAAUGUGCCGGAUGUUGAGAAUCAGUAUCACUUGUCACUCCAGUUGGAGCCUAGAUCAAAAAGUACUUCUACAUCUUCAUCUGGCGACACAGCCACUAUCGUUGAUGUCAAGAAGGAGGAAGAGAGUCAACAGACACCAAAGAAAGGAAUAAGAAAGCAUUUUCAUAUGAAAUCUAAAAAUCCAGAAAAUAAGGUUCUUGUCAAUAAAGGUAAAGAAAAAUCAAGGAAAAAGAGUUCAGGAUUCAGAUUCUUUGGCUCUAGAAAAUCUCGUAGUAUUUCAACCGAUGCAUCUUAA